AGGGUUUGUUGUCAGAUCUAUUUAAAUCUCUCGCCAGUAUUUCGAUCAACUUUUCGGAGUGCGGUUACUGAAAUUCGAACACGGAAAAUCUUGUACGGAAAACAGAGACACACUUUUAUAAUGACUAGUCUGAAAAAACCGACUGUCCACGAGGGCUCACCGCAAGUGCCCCAGAACAGCAUGGUCACCUAUGGCAGCGGGCUCGUCUUCGGCGGGAACGUGUAUCCGGUAUUGGUGGACGGAGUGCCCAUGCAGCCGCCGCUGGGCGCUCAUCAGGCGGCCAUGCAACAGCGCAUGCAUAUGCAGCAGGCGCUGCCACAGGCGCAACAUGCCACCCAUUGCCCCGAGCCCAUUGUUCCAUACCCAACAUGUCAACGAGCGGGAACUCGGUAUCCUGCGCCCUCAUACGUGUCCAGGCCGAGCCAGCAGAGCUCCGUGAGUUGUCCUGGCCCAGUCAUGGUCCGGCAGCACUCGACGUCCAGCAACCUCGCGAUGAUGCAACCGCUGCAGGCGCAGAUUCUACAGCGCCGGCAAAUGCAAACCGCCAUGGGGAGUCCUUGUGGCACUAACGGCUACUACAAUUUGCCAACGAAUGCGGGUGGUGAUUCCUGCGGCUGGAACGGCUAUGCCAUGAUGCAGCCAAUGGAUGCCAACAAGCCGUACUCCUUUGGCUGGAGUCUUACCGAUUAACUUAGCUGCUUUAUCCUCUGUAACGCUGUUUGGACAAUUAAUGAAAUUAUAUGUGGAUUGAUUUAUUCGA